AUGCCGAAUGUACAGGCUCCGGGGCGGCUGGGCGCGCUGCCCCGCCUAGCGCAAGGCCCGCGGCCCGCCGCGCCUUGGACGCGAGGCUGUCCGCGGGCCUCGAGGCGGUGCCGCCCGAGGCGCUGGAGUUCGAGCCGCGCGAGGCGGGCAGCGGGGAGCAGCUCUUCCUGUCCACGAGGGCGGAUGGCAAGACGCUUAUCACCUCCCACAGCGUCGUGGCCUUGGUGGACGGCGUCAUCGCCACCGAUGUGCUGCUGGACGCCCUGCAGUACUCCAUCGUGCGGCACCCGGCGCUCCGUGCGGCCGUGGAGCCGCCGCAGGAAGACGCCGCGCAGGAGAGUCGUCGUCGUCUUCCUCAGGCGGCCCCGGCAAGUGGACGUGGAGGCCCAGCCGCAUGA